UGGACCUUGGCGGUGCGGCAUCAUGGGCCACAGGAGGAGGUCCUUGCGUCUAGCCUUGCAGUCCUUAUCCCUCAUGCUCCUGCAUGCGUUCUGCACAGCACAAGAGGAGGACACCAGAGUAAGCUGCAGAACUGCUCCAAGUGAUUUAGUUUUCAUUCUAGAUGGUUCUUGGAGUGUGGCAGACACAAACUUUGAAAUAGUAAAACGGUGGCUGGUGAACAUCACCACGAGCUUCAACAUCGGUCAGAAGUUCACCCAGGUGGGUGUGGUGCAGUACAGCGAUGACCCCAUCCUGCAUAUUCCACUGGGGACAUACUACUCAAGCACAGAACUAAUUGAGGCCAUGGAGGCCAUCGAGUACAUGGGAGGAAACACCAGGACUGGGAAGGCUAUUCAGUUCGCCAGCGAAAGGCUUUUUGCCACCUCUGAGCGUGCCCGGAAUGGCGUGUCGAAAAUCGCUGUGGUCGUUACAGAUGGGAAGUCGCAGGACGAGGUGGCAGCAGCAGCCGAGGAAGCGCGGAAAAGGGGCAUCAUUUUCUUUGCCAUUGGGGUGGGGGCUGAAACGGAGGAGGCAGAGCUGAGAGCCAUUGCCAACAAGCCCUAUUCCACUUACGUAUUCUAUGUGGAGGACUACAAAGCCAUCACCAAAAUCCGUGAGGUUAUUCGGCAGAAGCUGUGUGAAGAAACUGUUUGCCCAACAAAAAUCACGGUGGAUGCUCGUGAUGAGAAAGGCUUUGAUAUUCUGGCGCAUUUGGACUUUGCCAAAAAAGCCAAAAAAACACAUGGGACAUUUUAUGGUACCAGAGCUUAUCAGGUGACAUCACGUGUUGACUUAAGUGAAAGUACAAGGUACUUGUUCCCUGACGGGCUUCCCCCCUCUUACGUAUUUGUGGCUACCCUGAAGUACAAAGGGUCAGUAACAAUGGAGAAGUGGGACCUGUGGAGGAUACAGACCAAAGAUGGGAAUCCUCAAAUGGCUGUCACAUUGAAUGGAAUUGACCGAACAGUCAUGUUUACAACGACCAGCAGGGAGCCCAGUGGCACCCAGACAGUUGUCUUUACUAAGCCUCCAGCGAAGAAACUCUUUGAUGAGCAAUGGCACCAGCUGCGCCUUCUGGUCACAGAGGAAGAUGUCACGCUUUAUGUUGAUGAUCUUGAGAUUGAAACUUUGGGUUUGGAACCUCCAAUCGGCAUCUUCAUUAAUGGAAAGACACAAGUUGGAAAGUAUGUCAGCAAAGAAACAACUGUACCAUUUGAGAUCCAGAAACUCAGGAUCUACUGUGAUCCCGAACAGAAUAACCGUGAAACUGCCUGUGAAAUCCCUGGAGCUGAUGGGGAGUGCUCCAAUGGACCUGGCGAUUUUGACCCCACUCCUGAGCCCUGUGCAUGUCCCCCCGGGCCACCAGGCACGCCGGGCGUAAAGGGGGAGCAGGGAAAAGCUGGAGACCCAGGUCUAUCUGGUCCUGCUGGUGCUGAGGGUAAGCCUGGUCUCCAAGGUAUGAGAGGGAAUCCAGGACUCCCAGGCCCACCUGGCCCACAGGGCCCGCGCGGGGAAAUCGGGUACCCAGGAGAAAAAGGAGGGACUGGUGAUUCGGGUGAGAGGGGUCUUCCAGGAUUGCCCGGGCCUUCAGGGCAGCCAGGUGAAAAGGGUUCCACUGGUCCACGAGGGGAGCAAGGAUUACGUGGUGAAGAUGGACAUGUGGGAGAAAAAGGAAGCAGAGGACCUGCUGGGACACCUGGCUAUCCAGGAGCCCCUGGACAACCUGGCAUGGAUGGGAAGGAUGGAGUGCCAGGAAGAAACGGCCAAAAGGGAGAAGCUGGAAAGCCCGGUAUCCCUGGCUCAGAUGGCCGAGAGGGACAUCCUGGUAUUCCUGGCUUGCCGGGAAAUGAAGGCCCAGUGGGACCGAAGGGUGAAAUCGGUUUGCCAGGGGAAAAGGGAGCCAAAGGCUCAGCCGGACCAUCUGGUGAAAUGGGUUUACCUGGGAUGCCUGGUGCCACAGGACAACCUGGAUUGAAGGGAAAUAAAGGUGAAAGUGGGCAGCCAGGACAACAAGGUCCCCCAGGAAUAGCGGGGAAACCAGGUGACCCAGGAAUGGUGGGCCAACCAGGACACUCUGGCAGGCCUGGGUUGAAAGGACACAAGGGUGACAGAGGAGAUCAAGGCGAAAGGGGAAGUGAGGGCACUAAAGGUGAAAAAGGAGAUCAGGGCAGACCAGGUGUUCACGGAUCUAUUGGUCUUCCUGGGCAAAAAGGAGAGAAAGGGACAUCAGGAGAUCCAGGGCAGAGGGGACAGACUGGUCACCAAGGGCCACCCGGGCAGCAAGGACAAAUGGGUCCACCCGGUCCUCGAGGACAGAGUGGGGACGUUGGCCCGGCUGGACCACCUGGACCAGAGGGGAGACCUGGAAGAGAAUUGUCAGAGCAGCACAUCCGCCAGAUUUGUCAGGACGUCCUCAGAACGGAGAUGCCUUCACUUCUACAAAGCAGCCAACACAGAAGUUGUGACCACUGCCACUCCAGGUCUGGGGCCCCAGGCCCUCAAGGCCCUCCAGGGCCUGUCGGACCCCAGGGCUCUAGGGGCUUUCCUGGGAUGCCUGGCUCCAGUGGGCUGCAGGGGCAUCCUGGUCUACCUGGGCGACCAGGUGUCCCUGGGAUGAAAGGGGAUCCAGGGGAGAAAGGUGAGAAGGGAAGUCAAGGACGCACACAAGUUGGAGAUCCAGGACUCCCUGGACCUCAAGGUCCAAUGGGCCCUCCCGGGAUCGGCAAGCCCGGUUUCCCCGGCAAGCCUGGCCCACCAGGCAUGAACGGUGAUGAGGGGAAGAGAGGGAGCCCAGGAGUCCCAGGCGAACCCGGUGUGUGCCACCCGUCCUUGUGCUACGGCUCCAUGGUGAGAAGAGACCCUUUCAGGAAAGGUCCAAACUAUUGAUGGAGCUCGGCGGAGAGAUGGCCCGCCAAUCUCCACCUGGUGCUUUAACUAAUGUGGACAGGACAAUCAAAUCUUUCCAAUCUCAGGAAGAUCACCUUUUAAACAGUGUUGCCCACCGUAUUGGGGACAGGAAGUACCUCUUGUUGUGUAAUUAAAAACAGAACAAAGCUACAAAAAGACAACGCAUCCACAGGCGUUAUUUGUCUCUGUGAAAUUGCUGAGAGUGAAUCACCUCUUCCAUGGCAGCCACUUGGUUCAGGGCCCCAAAGCUGAGGUGCACUACAUUAUGCAGUGUGAAUGCGGGCUAUACCUAGUUAACGGAACCACCUGCCAUGUCAGAUAUC